CGAAGAAGAAAAGUGGGACGUUCUUCAUGGAUCAGAGUGGAAAGAUGAUGCGUCAAAUCAAUUGCAGGAUGUACAGGACGGAACAAGUAUGGAUCACGUAAACAAAGACUUGGAUAAGAAAUCAAUAUUAUCCUCAUCACUGCAGUCAACAUGUGAACAAUUGAACAAUUUACUUUCAACUGAUUUUGAUGACGAUAUAGAAGAAUCAGAAGAUGAUACAAAUAUAAUUUUAUCUGGAGAAAUAUGCGAAAGCCAAUUUUUAGAAUGGGUUCAUCUAUCCAGUCAAGGUAGUGAGGACUCCGAAACAACCAGAAUAUUGGCAGAAUUACUUAAAGAAGCACAGUUGGAUGAACUUUUAUCUCAAAGUAUAUGUCAAGACAAUGAAUCUUUGACGGAAUUAUUAAAAGAAGCCCAAUCAGAAAAUCAAGUUUUUUGCCAGAACGUACAUUCAGAUACUGAGACGUUAACGGAAUUACUUAAAGAAGCUCAAUUAGACAAUCAUUACUUAUGUAGAAGGAGAUGUUCAAAUACCUCAUCUAUUAACCGAAAUUCCACUUCAACAAACCUUAACUUCAAGACACCAAUAAAUCCAAACCUUCAUUCGAUUAUAAUAGAAAAUAAUAAAUCACCAGAUGAAAAAGAUUUUGUGGGCAUAGUGUCAUCACCAGAACCAUUAAAACCAAUUAACAAAAGCUCACCAGAUCUGAGUGAAUUUGAAUUUGUGAUUGUAUAA